AUGCAGUUGGGCGACAUCAGCAGCAGCAGCCAGGGCGACGGCGACCCGCGAAACUACCGUGAAGCCAUCAUUUGGAUCACUCACGAGGCGCGCGCGCACGAUUGCCACCGUUUGCUAUCGCUUGUGACGGUGAUGAAUGCUGUGAGUGAUGCUGUGAUACCUCGUCGUCGCGUGCGACGUGUGGCAGAGUGUGGAGGACAUGGAGCACUACCGAGAGCGCUCCGAGCACCUGCUUCCAAGCACGUUGCUCCUUUCCUGAAGCUCACUGGCGGCGCCAGGGACUCGAUGCGGCCCGCCACCAUCUGCCAGACAUGGCAUCACAGCCGCUGGGCGGUCAGCACCUCCCCUUUUCUUCCAGAAACCCCCAAUAGUAAUGUCAACAUCACGCACAGUCAACUGCUGAGCAUGUCCAGGCACUCGAGGAACGCUGCAGUCUGUCCGCAGGAUGGCUUUGCACGGCGCGAGUUAUUCGCUCGUCAAACUUUUCCACGGCAUGCUGUCAUCAUCUUGAUUUCACUACCAGCACUGGUACCACCAACACUGGCACUGGCACUUCCACUGCCUCGUCGACGACCGGCCAGGUGGCCAACACCAGCGCCAGUCGCCUGGAUUCCGCGACAGCUGAGCUGCUCCGAAGCACGGGCAAGGCCGCUAGGGAACGUCGCGGCUACUAGAAGGCGCUGAGCAAGACAAGACGGGAUGAGUGAACGCGAUGAGGUUUUGUUUUGUCGUUCUUGUUUGUUGGCAAGGAUGUCCGUCAAUCAAAUAAUGCUGUGAUAGGCGAAGCAGAGGUGGCACAGUCCAGUACGGGAAGGCGGCAAGGAUGCCGCGCGGGAACAGAGUCAACAGAUUGGAGGACCUCGACAACCCACUGUACUUUGGUUUUACAUACAAACACGCUCGCUUUCCCUCUCCAAAAUAUCACACCAACUCUCUUGGUAACAUCUUUGUGCAUUUUCGUCUUUCUCUCGCCGCCAGUCUCUGACAUAACGGAGAACAAGCUUGAUAUUCAGGCGCACACCUCUGUGCUGGAGCACGGUUCUACAAUGGAAGACAUGGAGUCUAAUUUGGAGACGAAUUAGUCUGAUAUACAAGAAGACAAGUCUCAUAUACAAGAGAACAAGCCUGAUGACCAAGAAAACACGUCUGUUAUCCAAGAGAACAAAUCCGACUUAGAAGAGAGCAAGCCCGGUAUCGAGGCGGGAGACUCCACCACCGACCGCAAUACUAUCACCAAGGAGAACCUCACCAUCGACGGCAAGGCUGCCGAGCCGCUGCCCAAAGUCUAUGCGUCGAAGGAAUGGCAGACUCUGGAUGAGAUUCUGGAAAAAGAGUCGGACUACCGCUAUGAGCUCUCAGCAAGCAAGCAGAAUGUGACUCUUCGUAUGGACCUUGAGUCGCGUCGUCAGCAGCUCGAAGACCUUAUUUCACGCCAGCUCAAUAUCCCGCCAUCGCAAUUUGUUUCGAGUGACCAGCAGACCUGGUUGUGGGGUAGUUUCAAUUUCGUCAUCAAUAUCGAGAUCCUGAAAACACGCGGUGGCAGACUUCCUCGCAAAGCGCUUCUGCGUAUUGCAUUACCGCAUGCAAUUGGUGAGACGCAGACUUCUGGCAACGUGGAUGAGAAAAUACGCACAGAAGCAGCAACCUACUUAUGGCUAGAACGGAACUGUCCUUCCAUUCCAAUUCCUCGUUUGUUAGGCAUUGAAUUGCCGGGCUCUAAGACGGUAUCCAACCCUUACCUUGUGCUAGCUUGCUUUCAUCUAACAGAUAACCUCUAGUUCUCGAACAUCAACACGGAGUCAUGGUGGAAUUGGUCCAUUUGGCACAUACGAUACGCCAAAGCAUGGCUUCAAGGCAAUACGCUCCCGAGAUAUUUCGCGUACGAUCGGACCUAUUUGCAAGAUCAUGGUUACUUACUACUUGAAUUUGUAGAAGAUGGCGAAAUGCUCUCGAAGACCUUUGAGGAACAUCGCAAUGACCCGAUAAAGCGGAAUCAUCUUUACACUAGCAUCGCGAACAUCAUGCUGGACCUUGGCAAGAUUCCACAGCCCCAAAUCGGCUCAUUCACAAUCAGUAACGAAGGCAUCAUCUCUCUUACCAAUCGCCCAUUGGCCAACCCAAGCGCAUUUUGGAUGAGACACAACUGGCCUCUGCCUAUGUCAAGGGUGAGUCGCGUGGCCUGAUUGAUGAUUUUUAACCGUCAUUGCGAAGCUGACACUCGUGGGCUAGAAUCUAACCUAUUCUUCCACUGAAACAUACGCUCAAGACUUAUUGGCCCUUCAAGAUCUACGCAUCCAGCACCAAGUAAAUUCAAUCCAGAGCAGGGAUGAUGGCCUCGUUCAGCUUAGUAUUCUAGUUGGAUUUCGAGCGCUACUCCCUCAGCUCUUCAAUCCCCGCCUGAGUCGUGGCAAUUUCGUCAUGAGUGUCACCGACAUGCACCAGAGCAAUAUUCUUGUGGAUGAGAAUUGGAAAAUCACACGGCUUAUCGAUCUGGAAUUCGCAUGCUCUCGCCCUAUUGAGUUUGUCGAAGUCCCACAUUGGUUCGCCGCCGGCGACCUCGAUUCGAAAGCGGAACACCUUCAGGAGCUCGAAACCGAAUACCACAAGUUUGUGGACGUGGUCGCCCAUCGGGAGAAAGCGACUAAGCAGAACGAUGCUUUCAGCCGGGCUCUACUUCAAAGUUGGACGUCUGGGAGAUAUUGGUUCAUACAGGCCAUGGAAAGUAUCGACUGCUUCUACUUUGUCUACAGGGACCAUUUCCGGAAGAAGUUCUUCAAGGACUACGAUCAUGAAUCUCAUGCAUGGCCGAUUGCCCAGCUGUGGACGGAGGAUGUUAACAAAUUCAUUAAUUUGAAAGUCGAUGGCUUGGAGCAAUACCAGAAAGACGUCAGAGAGAUGUUCAGCGAGGUUGAGGCCUGGCAGCGUCAUGUUGGAGCGAGUUCUCAAAGGUCUGAUUCAAUCGAAGAAUCCCAUGCUAAUAAAGAUACUGCGAGAGAGACAUGUCAAUUAAGCCAGUCCUUGGGGCCAACGUCGAGCGCACUUCCCUCGUCAGACAAAGGUUAG